AAACCAAAAUCUUACUUACUUCAUGUACAUUAAAGGAAAAUACAUUCAAAGAUAUAUUAAGAAAAACAGAGAUGCAUUUUUUUCUUUACCUGCCUGUGUGGCUGCCUGUGGACUGCAAGGGUUACAUGUGUGCAGGGGCGGACUGACCAUUUGGAAACUGGGCACUGCCCGAGGGCCCUGGGUCAGUAGGGGGCCCCAUGAGAUGCCCCUGGUACCUUUUUCAUAGGCUUUUUUGAGUUUGGACAAGGACACAGGGGCCCCAUGAUCCCCUAUUGCCCGGGGGGGCCCCAUGAGUUGUCAGUCCACCCCUGCAUGUG